CCCUAGGGUGAGGUUGCCCAUGGCUCCUUUAAGCCGCAGAGGGGUUGCUUUGGAGGAGUUAGUUUUAAAAUUUCCGGCUUUUAAAUUGUAUCCCGUCAGUUUGAAUUAUAGUAAUGACUCAAGUAGCAUCAGUGGGUGGCCGACUCCGGAGAUCCCAAAAUGAACAAAUCAAGGUUCCAGCUCCCAAGGCCUUCUUAACUGGGUGUGUGGACUUGAAGGAUCGCUUCCAGGAUGCCACAUUACUGGCUGUGACGGUUUCUCAGACUUUCCUUAGUUUUGAUGACCUUGACAGUUUUGAGGAGCACUGGUCAGGGUCACUUUUGGCUGAGGAAUGAACACAAUGACCGCCACAUUCCAAGAUACCACCAGGACAGUCAUUCUCAGUAGACUGUGGAAAACCUGAAGAGAGGAGUCACCGACAUGGAGGGAGGACCUCUUCACACCGGAGAAUCUGCCCCUCGGAGAAAUCUUGAGGAACCUUGUCCCGAGAUAGCUGAUCAGCUUCCUUGGAUUUUGCUGAUGACCCAGGAGAGCUUUGCCUGAAGAUGGAAACACUGGAGUCGGAGCUGACCUGCCCUAUUUGUCUGGAGCUCUUUGAGGACCCUCUCCUGCUGCCCUGCGCACACAGCCUCUGCUUCAACUGUGCCCACCGCAUCCUGGUGUCGCACUGUGCCACCAACGAGUCCGUGGAGUCCAUCACCGCCUUCCAGUGCCCCACCUGCCGACAUGUCAUCACGCUCAGCCAGCGCGGUCUAGACGGACUCAAGCGCAACGUCACCCUGCAGAACAUCAUCGACAGGUUCCAGAAAGCGUCCGUGAGCGGGCCCAAUUCCCCCAGCGAGACCCGCCGGGAGCGGGCGUUCGACGCCAACGCCAUGACCUCCGCCGAGAAAGUCCUCUGCCAGUUCUGUGACCAGGACCCUGCCCAGGACGCUGUGAAGACCUGUGUCACUUGCGAAGUGUCCUACUGUGAUGAGUGCCUGAAAGCCACUCACCCAAACAAGAAGCCCUUUACAGGGCAUCGUCUGAUUGAGCCAAUUCCGGACUCGCACAUCCGGGGGCUGAUGUGCCUGGAGCACGAGGAUGAGAAGGUGAAUAUGUACUGUGUGACCGAUGACCAGUUAAUCUGUGCCUUGUGUAAACUGGUUGGGCGGCACCGAGAUCAUCAGGUGGCAGCUUUGAGUGAACGCUAUGACAAGUUGAAGCAAAACUUAGAGAGUAACCUCACCAACCUUAUUAAGAGGAACACGGAACUGGAGACCCUCUUGGCUAAACUCAUCCAAACCUGCCAGCACGUGGAGGUCAACGCGUCACGUCAAGAAGCCAAAUUGAUGGAGGAGUGUGAUCUUCUCAUUGAGAUCAUUCAACAAAGACGGCAAAUUAUUGGAACCAAGAUCAAAGAAGGGAAGGUGAUGAGGCUCCGCAAACUGGCUCAGCAGAUUGCAAACUGCAAGCAGUGCAUUGAGCGGUCGGCAUCACUUAUCUCCCAAGCGGAACACUCUCUGAAGGAGAACGAUCAUGCGCGCUUCCUACAGACGGCGAAGAACAUCACUGAGAGAGUCUCCAUGGCAACUGCAUCAUCCCAGGUCCUAAUUCCUGAAAUCAACCUCAAUGAUACCUUUGACACCUUUGCCUUAGAUUUUUCCCGAGAGAAGAAGUUGCUAGAAUGUCUGGAUUACCUUACAGCUCCCAACCCUCCCACAAUUAGAGAAGAGCUCUGCACAGCUUCCUAUGACACCAUCACCGUUCACUGGACGUCCGAUGAUGAAUUCAGUGUGGUCUCCUAUGAGCUCCAGUACACCAUAUUCACCGGACAAGCCAAUGUCGUUAGUCUGUGUAACUCUGCCGACAGCUGGAUGAUCGUGCCCAACAUCAAGCAGAACCACUACACCGUUCACGGUCUGCAGAGCGGCACCAAGUACAUCUUCAUCGUCAAGGCCAUCAACCAGGCGGGCAGCCGCAGCAGCGAGCCUGGGAAGUUGAAGACAAACAGCCAACCAUUUAAACUGGACCCCAAAUCUGCACAUCGGAAGCUGAAGGUGUCCCACGAUAACUUGACAGUAGAACGUGAUGAGUCAUCAUCCAAAAAGAGUCACACGCCUGAACGCUUCACCAGCCAAGGGAGCUAUGGUGUCGCUGGAAACGUGUUCAUUGAUAGCGGUCGGCAUUACUGGGAGGUGGUCAUAAGUGGAAGCACAUGGUAUGCCAUCGGCCUUGCUUACAAAUCGGCCCCAAAGCACGAGUGGAUCGGCAAGAACUCUGCUUCCUGGGCGCUGUGUCGCUGUCACAAUAACUGGGUGGUGAGACACAACAGCAAGGAAACCCCCAUCGAGCCAGCCCCCCAUCUCCGGCGCGUCGGCAUCCUGCUGGACUAUGAUAAUGGUUCCAUCGCUUUCUACGAUGCUUUGAACUCCAUCCACCUCUACACCUUCGACAUCACAUUCUCGCAGCCUGUGUGCCCCACCUUCACGCUGUGGAACAAGUGUUUGACCAUUAUAACUGGCCUUCCGAUCCCAGACCAUCUGGACUGCACAGAGCAGCUGCCGUGAGCACUGGGCCAUGUGGAGCUGAUUGCUGGGGGAUUAAAAAAGGCCGUGGCCACCAUUUCAGGGACCGAGAAAGCACAGGCUUCCAGAGUGUGAUUAAAUCUCGCCAAAAAGUGUCCAGAAAUCGGCUAGGAUAGGACUCAAAGUAGGCGAUUCUCCCCCUUUGCUGUCUUUUGUAUUAAGUACACGCUUUAAUAAUUUCUUCAAUUUUUUUUUGUAUCUACAGGAAAAAUUAUAGAUUAUUUAUAAAAGAAACAUAACCGGAAUUCCAACUCUUAGAAAGUAUUUGGUUUUGCACAUUAAGAGGCCCAGAAGCGUACGGGCUCUUCACAACAGCCUUCGUCUCGUCACGCUCUGUGGGCUGGAGGAAAAACUCUUGUAGUUUUGUGUGCUUAUCCACCUUCUCACAUCCUCAUAUCUCAUACCGAUCCCCUUGUAGGUCCUGUCGCCCUGACAGUGCAUAAUAGAAUAUGCAAGUAUCUUAAAAAUAAAACAUAGCUUUGAACCUAGUAGGGCAGUAAACGGGCUUUCUUACUGUGGUUUAUUUCGAAGUGUUUUAACUGUGAUGGCAAAAACUUACUGGCUCAACCGGAACGGAGAGCAAAAGAGAGAAUUGAAUGAAUUGACUCUGGAGCUUGGACUCCACCAUGGCCCAGUCUUUAAUCACCCUCCAAUGGCUGGUGGGGUAAUGUUGGAAAGAAAGGUUGUGAAGCCUUUGGCCAUGUGUGACCUUACCUUUCCCAGGAUUCAGGAUUCUGGGAGAACAUUAAGAAUUGAGAUUGCAAUUGAGAAUAGUCUCUUUGAAUCCUACUGAUUUUUCAAAACGUCUGAGGCUGAUUUGUCUUUGAUCAGAAGUAGGGUUCGGUUUCAUGACAUAAGUCUAUUUCGUUCUUCCUUUUAGUAGUGUCUUUAGGCCUGUGACAUUGCUUUACUACAUUUAAUAGCUGUCCUAUCUCCCUCUCCCCCGAAUCAUUUUUCUUCGCUUGCUGGGGCUGAGGGAAUAAACAUUUUCUGUUACAAAUGGCAGCACCACUUUGGAUUGGCUUUGCUCUCCAGGACAUCAACACAUGGCCCUGUCUCUACCACGUCCAAAUAUAACUCACCCGAAAAACACUUAAUAUUUAUGAGUUGGUAAUGACAAGGGACGUUGCGUAAAGUACUAUUUACUGGUACACGUGCCUCGAAAGUUAUAAAAAGACUUUUAUUAAACACAUCUUGAAAGAUGUAGAGGACCCUCUGUGUUCUAGUAUAGUUUACGAUAGAGUUGUGAAACAAAAAACAAAACAAAACAAAAAAACAAAAAACGAAAAACACGCAAAAAAAAAUCAAACUAUUGCCGCGCUGGAACCUGCUAAUAGAACCAGCUAAUAAGCUGUCAGGUGGGAUUCUGGGCAUGCUGAUCCGGUAAGAUGGAAUGGUCCAUGAAGUAAGGCUUUCUUAAGCAGUCCUUGGACCCGGACCAGGAAUCUGGCAUUGGUUCUAUCUUGACGAAGGGCAUGAUACCUGUAAGUCAUUUCAUUUGCUAAUGUAUUGAUCUGAACUACUGGGUUGGCCAUUUUGACUGAACAGACUGAUGAAUUUAAGCAUUGCUUCUUAGCGAUUUCGUUGUUAACCAAAUCAACCAAUUGCCUCCCUGAAAUCCGUCCACAGACCCACUGUUUUCAGCAUCACGUCAUGUGACUGCGAGCCCGGACCCCGUGGGCCACGUCAUGGGUGUUUCUGUUCCCUUCACUGGCAGACACUCUCCUUUUUCGUAACAGAUAGAGUUUAUAUAUUUACUAUAUUAUUUAUACCCAGAUGAAUAUUUUGAUAGCUACUUAGGACAAUUUCACAUCUAACAGAUGGACACCUCGAUGGAAAAAAAUUAAUCAUUCUCUGGAAACGAUGUUUUUGGGUUUUUUUUUACAACAUAAAACAAUGUGUAUUUGCCUUCCUGGACAAACUGAAAGGGUUGUAAUUUUUACAUACUGUUUUGGUAGCUGGAUAAUGGAUAUUUUAAUGCACUUUGUACACCAACAGGUUUUAAAUAAAAGGGUCUAAAACUCA